AUGAACCAACCUCCUAACCGUGCCAACGCACCCACCGUCGGCGCCCAGCCUGGCCAUGUCCUUCCUCCCUCCCGGUCCGCCAAAGAAGGCGGUUCAUUAUCAGCCGCCAGCUUCAUGACCGCGAAGCAGAAUCAAUCAUAUGCUCGAUCAGCUCAGCCGCCGCCGGGGAGCUUCACUGCCGACCUCAAGUCGUUUAGUUCGAGAUUGGACCUGAGCAACUAUGCCUCAUAUGAUGAUGGAAACACGGACAUGGUCACGUCAGAGCAAAGACAGGCGGAGUACAGACAGGAAAUUGAGAAACAGACACGCCUCAAGGCAGGUACGGAGAAUCUGCUCGAAGCGCUGAACUCGAAAAAUGCCAAGAAGUCGCGCGACCAGCGCAUGGCUGCUGAAAGUCAGCUCAAUGCGUCGAACAGGAAGAUUGCGCAGUUGAAGCUGGACCUGGAGGCCGAGAUUCAACGGAGCAAGGAGCAGCAGCCAAUGAGUCCAAAGGGUAGACUUUCACAACUGUUCAGGCCCACGAUCCAGCAGCUGCCGGAACAGAAUGCUUUCCCUGAUGAUCCGGCAGAUCGACUGGACCCAGAGCUGGAGUCGCCCACGUACAUACUCGCCGAGAUUCUGCAGGCUCUGGAAGCUGAGGACAUGGGAGCGGACUACUACGUUAACCAGGCUAAUGACCUGGUUGAACUAUUUCGCCGGCAUCCCACUCUCAAGUACGACUUGGCGUGGUCGAUAUUUGGGCUCAGAAUGCAAAUCAUGCUUCUGAGUGACAGUAGAGAAGUGGUUGCGGCAGGCUAUCGGGUCAUUCGCUAUGCCAUCACGGACCGGAAAUCCUUACAAACGAUUCGCGCGCUGCAGACGGAUUAUCUCGUCAUACUCUCGCUCAUCAAGGAAAGUAGGGCUCGGGUUGAACGAGAGCAGGCGUUGAAGUUUGUCAGGGCAUUUCUUGAUGUGAAAGACGGCACUCGAGAAAUCCACCCAGCGGUGGUUCGGAUUAUCGCGGCAGUUGCAGACCAUUCGGACGACCAGCUUCGCAACAUUGCCAUCUUGACAUUAUCAGAGAUGCUCCUCAAGGAUCCUAUGCUGGUAGUAAACUCUGGUGGAAUCAGUGUCAUUGCCGAGGCCAUGGGAAAUGGAGUCUACCACGCACCUGAGACAUUACUUGGACCUCUUCUCCAUUUGAUGGACCUACCAGCCCGCAGAGGCGUACUGCGCUCUGGCUUUGAGUUCAGCUCGGCCUUUGCUACAUUUACCGAACCUCACACAUCGCAUUCCGUCGACGAGAAGCUGGCGGCGAGCUCGAGAGUCAUCGCUGGCAUGUUUAAGAGCUGGUCUGGUUUGAUGACAUUAUCACUGCACGAUUUCCUGCCGGUCCGGUCUAUUGUGUCUUCGCUUUAUAUUACGGAUGUUCGCACACGUAGUGCGACAUUGGACUUGCUGAUUGACAUCCUACGGCUGGAAAAGCGCUCUUGGUCAACUCCCUUCAUUGGGGGUCGACGCCUCACGACGUACGCGCGAGUUGUAAACUUGAACAAGGAAAAUGACGCUACUCAACGCUCGAAAUCGGAGAACGAUAAUGACAGCCAGAAGAGGAAUCUUGUUCAGCACUUUACCGCCGUCUCACUGGCUGUACUGCUGCGCCAGGGCCUGAUGGAAGGUCUACUAGAUGCCGAACGUGACGCCCCGAACGAUGCCCUCAAAAGGCGGACCAGUCUGAUCAUUGCAGAGGUACUCAAGAAAGCGAGUGAGCUUCUGCCCACUUGUUGGGGCGCCGAGUUACAGGCGAUGCCAGGGCUCGUCCAUGGGGCAUUGCAGUUUAACUCCGAAGAGCGAUAUCGCGCCCUGUCUACGGUCUACCAGGUUGAUAAGGUCAACCUGAGGUUGUGGCGCUCUGAUCCAUCAACAGUCAGCCAUUCCAGAGUUCACGAUGAUCUUGAUGGUGCGAGGACAAGAUCUGGGUCGAAAACGCAAGCCAGUGCGGAUAUGGAUGAGGUCCAAUUCCGUGCCAAGAUGCUUGAUACUGGCGUGCUCAAUACCGUCAACUACAUCAAGUGGGACUGGAAUCUCAUCCUCGAAUUGAUCGAAGGCCCACUCACGAACCCCAAGCUUCUAUUUGAGGCGACCGACAAGUCAAAGUUUGUGCAUCGUCUGCUCAAAUUCUUGCGGCCUUUCCAGUUUCGCUUCUCCGAUGCUUCCAACACGAAGGCAAAUCAGCGAUACCUCAAGAUGGCCUGCGCGCUGGUGAAGACGUUGCUCCAGACUCACGAUGGCGCCAACUACUUGAUCAACAACAAGUCCAUUCGACAGCUUGCAGAGUGUCUGGCUCAGCUUGACUCGGCGAGUGGUAUCACCUCGAAGAAUCCAAUGUUCUCCCCAGAUCGACUUUCAGAGACACUCGUAGGUGGCUACUUCGCGAUGCUCGGCGUCAUGUGCAGCGACGCCAAAGGGCUGCAGAUUCUAGAGAGGUGGCAUAUCAUCAACAUGUUUUACCACAUUGUCGAGCUCAAGAACCGUGACGAUCUGAUCAGGUGCCUGCUGUCAAAUCUGGACUACUCGCUCGACAGCCAUCCACGUAUCAUUCUUUCCAAGGCCAUGAUUGCCGGGUCAAAGCAAAUGCGCAUUAUGGCGACAAGGAUACUUCGAACAUACGCGGUUGAGGCCAUCGAACCGUCAGUCCUUGGUGGCUGCUCGGCUGAAUGGGCUAUCAAGCUUCUGGUCAGCCAACUGUACGAUCCUGAGAUCGAAGUGUGUGAGGUUGCCAUCAAGAUUCUGGAAGAGGCUUGCAACGACAUCACGUCGCUGGAGUACGUGGUCAAAUGCCGGCCUGCUCUCGAUCAUCUGGGUGAGAUCGGUGCGCCGCUGCUCCUGCGGUUCUUGUCAACUUCUGUUGGAUACCAUUACCUAGACGGACUGGACUACAUCACCCGUGAGAUGGACGACUGGUUCCUUGGGCGCAAUGACACUUACGUGACUGUGGUGGAAGCAUCGCUCGCUCGCGCGCUGUCGGAUGUUCAGGAGAAGCCACAAUCUACCAUAGACGACACAAUUGGGCCUCAGGACUACGGCGCUGUGCCACCGCACUUCUACCGCGAGCUCACACGCACUGCAGAAGGGUGCGAAUUGUUGAAAGCGAAAGGUCACUUCGAGGAGUUCACAGCCACGAUCCAAGACUUCGCCAUGGAAGAGGAUGACCCAGAGACGAUCCUGAAGGUCAAAGGCUGUCUCUGGGCAGUUGGCAACGUGGGCUCCAUGGAACUUGGCGCACCAUUCUUGGAGCGCACUGACGUGGUCAAGUACAUUGUCCAAAUCGCCGAGCAGUCGCAAGUGAUGACAUUCCGUGGCACAGCUUUCUUCGUACUGGGACUCAUCUCACGCAGUUUGCACGGCCAGGAAAUACUCGCAGAGCAUGGCUGGGAUGGAACGGUCAAUGUAAUGGGUGAGAGUCUGGGCUACGUGCUCCCAUUGCAAUUCGAGAAGCUCUUCUCGUUGCAACCUUUCAACUCUGAGAACCGCCCCAACAGCGCCUUGAUUCGCAAUCGACCCGGUCCAGUCAGAGACGAAGAUCCGCAGAACCAACAGAUCCUAGCCUCCAUCACCAAGCUGGGCAAUACCGUGCUAAUAAAUAAGGCGCUGACAGAACUAAACAGCUUGAAGCACACCAAGAAGGCAGCUGGGUUCCAGAGCGUGGCGUUGUUCCGGAAGGUCAUGGUUCUGUUGGCAAGUCAUGCUUAUGGUGUGCAGCAGUGGAGGUUUGUGGUUGAUUUGUUUGAUAAGUCUGUGUUGAGGAAGAUUGUGCUGGAGGAGGAGUCGGAUAGUGACGGGACUGGGGAGGAGGAUGGGAGGCUGUGA